AUGGAUAAUAGGUAAGGUAUAGAGAUGGAGGAUGAGUUUUAUGCAUUUUAAAGUCCUUAAAACUUGCUUUAAAAGAUCGAUUGCUUUGUAACUUUAGGUCAAUUUGAUUUGGAUGAAGAUGAAAAUGAAAACUUUCCCCAACAUAUUCAGAUUGAGCAGCCAGAAAUUAACAAUUUUAGGCUGCACAAAUUUUUUAACGCUGAGCCUGAAGUUAAUUAAUUUGUUCAAAAGUAAUAAGAGGUCCAACAUGAACCCAGGAUGAAACCUCAACGUAAGAUGUCCCAAAGCUUACCUUCAUUUAUGGAAGAGAUUGAUACAUUAAUUUCUUAAGCUAUUGAGAGAUAAAAUGGAUUCUUAGAAUAAUAAAAAUAUAAUGUAAACAAUUCAGAUUACCUAAAAUUAGGAUGCAUUAAAUAAUAUUGAUAAUUUUACGUUUUUAGAGUAAUCUCUUUCUCAACCUCAAGUCUUCAAAUCUUUUUAUUCCCAAUAUAUCCGAACUAUAAAUAAAUUAAGAAUGUAUAGAUAACAAAAAAGGUAUAAAUUUUUGAAAAAUAUUUAGAUUGGAUGUUAAGUAAUUUAUGGCAUUUGUUUGUUCUUUAGGGAUUGAUUUCAUUUAAGAAAUAUUUAAUUUAAUUCAUAAAGCAGAUAGCUCAUGGUGUUUUGAUUUACUUAAAUCAGAAGGUUUAACAUAAUAAAUGUAAAAUGAAAAUUAAAAUUAAUCGUUUUCAGAUUAUAAAUUAUAGAAAACCUAAUUUUAAUAGCCUUAUGAAUAAAAACAACAACAAUAAUAAUAAUAAUAAUAAUAAUAAUAGUCAUCAUAAAUUGAUUCUAAAAAUGAAUAGUUUUAAUAAUAAAAAAUAUAGUAAGUUCAAUCACAUAAAAAUUCAAAUUCCAUUAAUUAAUAAAGUGCCUUAAGCAUUGUUAAUGAAGCAAUAGAAAAAAAAGGAAGAAAAACUUGGUCAAAUAAAGAAAUGGAAACCUUAUAAAAUUUUAUAAAUACUUAUUAAAAUAGUUCAAUUACUAAUUAAUAAAUCUAGGAUUUAUCAAAAUAGUUAGGAAGAACUUGGUAUUCUGUCUAAUCAAAAAUAUAAAAAUUAAAAAAAAAUGUAUAGGAUUAAAUGAGUGAUGUUAGAAGUUUGAGUAUGAAGGAUGAUCCUUCUAAAGAAUAAUUAAAAAUGUAAAGAAUUAGUACUAAGUAUGAUUAUACUGUAGAAGAUAUGAUCAAAAUAACAUUGCAAUAAUUAGAAGGAAGAUGUGGUACUAAAUAGAAAAUUAUUGAAUCUAUAAAUCAAAAUUUCUUUAAUGGAUAAUUAUCUGAAGAUUCAGCUUGUUUAAGAUCAAUCUCAAUAACACUUUCAAAUAAUCGGAGCUAAUUUAUUCGAAAAAUAAAGGGCUAUUUUGGUCUCAAUGAGAAUUAUUAAGAUAGAGGUGAGGAUGACAAUAAAAUGAGGAAUAAAUUAGUAUGGAUUCUAUAAAAUUUACCAGAAGAAAGAGGAACAUUAUAAUAAAUAGUUGCAUCUUAUACUGAAAACACAUUUCUAGAUGAAGUCAAUCUAAAGAAGUUAUAAAAAUAAAUAAGUUAAACAUUAAGACUCAGCAAUCGUUUUGACAAAAGAAAUGCAAAAACAAUAUACAAAAUACAAGAAUGAA